CCACGCCCCUGGGCUGGGCUCCGGCUCUCCUCCCCCCCCAGCAAAGCUGCGCUGGCCGCCCGCGGAGGGGAGGCUGCAGAGCGAGGGCAGGAGGACUACUUUCCAGCAUCCCGGCCUCCUGCCAUGUCUGACCCCAUCACACUGAACGUCGGGGGGAAGCUCUACACAACCUCACUGGCAACCUUGACCAGCUUCCCCGACUCCAUGCUGGGUGCCAUGUUCAGUGGGAAGAUGCCCACCAAGAGGGACAGCCAGGGCAACUGCUUCAUCGACCGUGACGGCAAAGUUUUCCGCUACAUCCUCAACUUCCUGCGCACCUCCCACUUGGACUUGCCGGAGGACUUCCAGGAGAUGGGCCUGCUCCGAAGGGAGGCUGACUUCUACCAGGUGCAGCCCCUCAUUGAGGCCCUGCAGGAGAAGGAGGUGGAGCUCUCCAAGGCCGAGAAGAACGCCAUGCUCAACAUCACCCUGAACCAGCGGGUACAGACGGUCCACUUCACUGUACGCGAGGCCCCUCAGAUCUACAGCCUCUCCUCAUCCAGCAUGCAGGUCUUCAAUGCCAACAUCUUCAGUACCUCUUGCCUCUUCCUCAAGCUCCUGGGCUCCAAGCUCUUUUACUGCUCCAAUGGCAAUCUCUCCUCCAUCACCAGCCACUUGCAGGACCCCAACCACCUGACUCUGGACUGGGUGGCCAAUGUGGAGGGCCUCCCAGAGGAGGAGUACACCAAGCAGAACCUCAAGAGGCUCUGGGUGGUGCCAGCCAACAAGCAGAUCAACAGCUUCCAGGUCUUUGUGGAAGAGGUGCUGAAAAUCGCCCUGAGUGAUGGCUUUUGCAUCGAUUCUUCUCACCCGCAUGCCGUGGAUUUUAUGAACAAUAAGAUUAUUCGAUUAAUACGGUACAGAUAAAAGGACCCCAGCAGCACUGGAGGGGGGCUCCCAAGAAGCUCCAUGUCAGCCAAGAUCUUGGAGAGUGUCUCGCCAGUGGUGGGAGCCAGGGCGCUACACUAACCUGUAUUAAUCGCGUAGCAGGACUUGAUUCCCCCCACAAUGCAGUCUCCCUAUACGAAUCCAUGUGUCCUCUCCAUGGAGCCACCUUUUCCUUGCCACUUGGAGCUAGAGAUGGGCAGUUGGUCAUGACAAGCGAAGUGUCUGCCAGUGUGUCCAAAAGGCCACAGGAGGGCUUGCUGGCUACAGAGGAAUGGCAGGUUCUUCACAGGCACCGGCUCUCUCUGUACCAUUAGGCAGUGCCUCCCCAAGCCCUCUGUGAAAGGAGCCCCUAGUGAAGGGGAAGGGGUGAAAACAGAAGGCCCCCGUCAGCUCCCCAGGACAUUAAG